CCUAUAUAACCGUCUGUAUAUUGAAGAUACAGGAAGAUUGUGUUCGCUUAUUGGCUGCUGUGAACAACAAAAUAAAUAUGGGUUUAACUAGCAUAUAUACAGUGUUAAUAUUACUGUUUGGAUAUACUGUUAAUGGAUAUAUUCUAUCAAAUAAACAAGGAAAGGGUCCCACCUGUUCGGACAUUAAAAUUAUCACACGUGCGCAAUGGGGAGCACGUGCACCUAAAAGCACGGAAAACCUAACACUACCCGUGCCCGAGUUCUUUAUACAUCAUACAGAUACUCCAGAAUGUUUUGACUUGAAGGCGUGUUCGGCUGCAGUAAGGGGCAUACAGAAAUUUCAUAUGGACUACAGAGGCUGGGUUGAUAUCGGAUAUAAUUUCUUGGUUGGUGAAGACGGUUUUGUGUAUGAGGGACGAGGCUGGACUCACGUUGGAUCUCAUACGAAAGGCUACAAUUCUCAGUCGUUGGGCACAUCUGUUAUUGGAGAUUACAUGAAAAAAAAUCCAAACAAAAAGGCUCUAGACGCGUUACGGGGAUUGAUACACUGUGCAGAAGUUAACAAUAUGCUGUAUCCGAAUUACCGACUUUACGGCCACAGGGACGCUAAUAACAAUACGGAUUGUCCGGGAGAUACACUGUACAAACUUAUACAAACGUGGCCGCAUUACAGUCAUGUACCACCACAAACUCUCCUCUUCGAAAAAUAUAACAUGUCUGCUAGAAAUUAGAACCCUGAAAGGUCGAUAAUGUCUCAGAAAUGCUAUCAUUUUUUAUUUUUCAAUAACUGUUUAUUGUUGGUAUCUUGGUACAGUUUCCAAUUUUUGUAUCUUGAGUUCUGUUGGUAACUUGUAUGAUUAUAUUAAAUUAAUAUUUUGUACGGAAAAUUAAAGAAAAUUAAAAAAAAUUAGAGAUGAA